AGUCUGUGCCGCGGACAUUGGCGUUGAGCCUUUCUAUGCAGGAGGCCACUACCCCGAUGUAAUGUUCGCGCGGCGAUGCCGCGACUUCAGUGAAGUCCAGGCAUGGGCGUCAGAAUGGCGCGUGCUCGACGGCUCGGGUUUCAUUUUCGAUUCCGCGCUAUGAUGGAAUCCAGAUCUGGAUAGCGUAUGAAACACAGUGAAUAGUUAUAUCUCAAUUAGUCCUUUGACACAAAGGAAACGGGCUGUUAGCCUGCGUAAAUGUUAUCAGCACCUUUGCUUAUAAUUUAGCCAUGGCUUCGCGUAUCGACCACUUAGCGGCCACCAUCAGUGCCAACACCAAUGCCAUCACCACCUACUUAGACCAGAAUAACCUACCGCACCCCUCCUUCGAUGCGGAUGGUCCGAUCACGCUGAACCUCUCGUCACAGGUAGAGCGCGCGCGCAGCGCUGCAAUCAACGCUCUCCAAGAGCUCUUGGACUUGCUGCAGGGUCCGAUCGCCUGCAUGAUCCCUAACUACAACGGCACCAGCCUCCAAGUCAUUUCGCGUCAUGACAUCGCCAGCAAGGUCCCGAUGGAAGGGGCAAUCUCCUUCGCGGAGCUAGCUCAGGCUACAGACCUGCAUGUCAAUGACCUUAGGCGCAUUCUGCGCUAUGCCAUGUGCUAUCAUCGAUUGUUCAAAGAACCGGAAGAAGGCUUCGUCGCGCAUUCUGCGGGAUCCAAGAAACUUGCCACCGACAAGAUUGUGCGCGCUGGGUUAGGUCAGUCGUUCGAUGAGUUCUAUGGCUCCUUCGCCCGGACAGCAGAUGCGCUAGAUACCUUCAAAGAUGGCGAGCCCAACCAUACGGGAUUCGCAUUGGCGCACAACACCGAUAAGACAAUGUUCGACUACCUGCGCACUCACCCUUUGAAGGCCGACCAGUUCAGCAAGGCGAUGCGCUUCUACUCGGCGGGCGUACCGGGAUACUCUGAAUCGCUGCUCGUCGAGGGCUACGAUUGGGAGUCACUUGGCGCAGUCACAGUAGUUGACGUAGGGGGUGCAGAUGGCUAUGUUAGCCGAGCACUCAGCAAAGCGCAUCCGAAACUGAACAUGGUGGUCGAGGACCUCCCCGACAUCGUGGACGCAGCGGAUCGCGUGGGGUCUACCGAUCGCAUUAGAUACCAGGCGUAUGACUUCUUUUCGACGCAGCCUAUCGCCGGAGCGGACAUCUACUUGUUCCGGUGGGUAUUUCACGACUGGCCGGACCACUACGUUAUCCAGAUAUUGAGGGCACAGGUGCCUGCGCUACACCAAGGGUCUCGAAUAGUCGUGAACGAGAGCUUGAGCGUGCCACCUCGCUCUUUGCCACUGACACUCAGGAGGGAUAUCUGUUUCAUAGACCUGUUGAUGUUGACGACAAAUAACUCGCGGCUCCGCACCAUGGCCGAGUGGCAGGACUUGUUCACCGCGGCGGACUCCCGGUUUGGGACGGUUCGCCGCAUUUCUGGUGAGGGAGCUGCACUUGCUAUUCUCGAGGUUGCCUGGGAGGGCGAGUAAUGGCUAGCAUGGCGUCACCUCUCCUGCUGCCGGGAUCAUGGAAUGGACAAGCAUUCUUAGAGGCCGUGCGACCACACGCUCGGAUUUGCUUCAUAGAUCACAUUCUCGCAAGAAGACAAGAUCUGAUGAAAUGUAUCUGUAUUUUUUUAGCGCCUCUGAAAAUGGCCACGGUACUUCAGUUCUAUCUACAUGCAAGCUCCUCAGACACUAGAUAACUUGGGUUCACGAUAGUUUCGCAUGGCAAACGGGAUUCACGGGGAUCACGGGGCUACUUGCUUUAGUCAUUAGGUAGACUCAAAACGGUCGAUGAAGCACCGAUUUUUCUUCUUGUAACUGCAUGCUUU